AUGAGCAAUUUGGAAAAAUCUCAAAAUGAAUCUUUGGAUCCUGCCAAAGAUUUAGCUGAUGCCUUUAAGAAAGAAGGCCAUUUGGAUAAAAUGAAGAAUGAAAUACUAUCCCAGAAUUUAAAGGAUGACAUGAACCUGGAGCAAUUCAUUAGGGAGCAAGUGAAGAAGCUGGUACGAUCAAAAGUUCAAGAGGAUGAAUCUUUGGUGUUUAAGAAUAGAGGUACAACAACAGCGCUUUUAGAGGGGCAACUUUUUAAAGAUGGUUUUAAGUCAUUGAAUACUGCUGAAGUCGAUAUUGAAAACUUACUAGAUGUAUCAUUGAAUAGUAAUGUCUUAGAAAAACAGAUACGAGAUAUAUUAGAAGCUAAAAUUGAUAAUAAAUAG